CAGCCUCCAGUCGGAGAAACAAAAUGUGCACCGACAUCCGAGGCUUUCGCGUUCGGACACCGCUCCAAAAUCUUUGUGAGAAAGAUGCUGCAACAAGCUCUUCGAGUAUCUGGUCGGAGCGCCGUCCCCCUGAUCAAGUGGAUGGAGAGGUGGGCCGAGCGCGCAGCGGCCUGUCCAUCGGUCAGCAGCAGGAAGGCGGUGAAGACUCUGAAAGAAAUGCCCGGACCAUCAGUCGCCAGUUUCGCCUGGGACUUGUUUGCCAAGAGGGGUCUGUCACGCUUGCACGAGUUACAGGUGAAAGGACUGCAUCAAUAUGGUCCCAUGUGGAAGGCGAGUUUUGGCCCCAUCCUGACUGUUCAUGUGGCUGAUCCAGCACUUGUAGAGCAGGUCCUAAGGCAGGAGGGCCAGCACCCCAUGCGUUCCGACCUUUCCUCCUGGAAAGACUACAGGAAGCUCAGAGGACAUCACUGUGGACUUUUGACAUCUGAAGGGGAGGAGUGGCAAGCAGUGAGAAGUCUCCUGGGGAAACACAUGUUGCGACCGAAGGCAGUGGAAGCUUACGAUAAACCCUUGAACAAUGUCGUCACUGACCUUCUUGCCAAAAUUCGCCACUGCAGAGGUCCUCAAGGCCUUGUCUCCGACAUCGCUAGCGAAUUAUAUCGCUUUGGCCUUGAAGGCAUUUCUUAUGUGCUGUUUGAAACCAGAAUUGGUUGUCUGGAUCCAGUCGUUCCGGAAGAGACAGAGCGUUUCAUCAAGUCAGUCAACACCAUGUUUGUGAUGACGCUUCUCACCAUGGCCAUGCCAAGCUGGCUGAACUGGCUGUUCCGUAAACCCUGGAAUGUCUUUUGUCAGUGCUGGGACUACAUGUUUGAUUUUGCGAAAGGCCACAUUGACCAGCGUGUGGCUGCCGAUGCAGAGAAACUUGCCAGGGGAGAGAAGGUGGAGGGUCGUUAUAUCACCUACUUCCUGUCACAGACGGGGAUGCCCAUGAAAACCGUCUACAGCAACGUCACAGAGCUGCUUCUUGCUGGUGUUGACACGAUCUCCAGUACUAUGUCCUGGUCAUUGUACGAGCUGUCCCGUCACCCAGAGGUGCAGGCCGCGCUCAGGAAGGAGGUGUUAAGUGUACUAGAUGGUCGAAAAAUACCAGAGGCUGCAGAUGUGGCCCGCAUGCCUCUCCUAAAGGCCACAGUCAAGGAGGUUCUCAGGUUGUACCCAGUUAUUCCUGCUAAUGCAAGGGUCAUUACAGAAAGAGACAUCCAAGUUGGAGGCUACCUCAUUCCUAAAAAUACUCUGAUUACUUUAUGCCACUAUGCAACAUCACGGGAUCCUGCAGUGUUUCCAAAUCCACACGCGUUCCAGCCCCAUCGCUGGUUUAACAAGGACCAGGCUCAUCACCCGUAUGCAUCUGUUCCCUUUGGUGUGGGGAAACGCAGCUGCAUUGGUCGGCGUAUCGCUGAGCUGGAGCUCUACCUCGCUCUUUCCAGGAUCCUCAUAGAGUUCGAUGUGAAGCCUGACCCAGAGGGAGUUUCCGUGAAGCCGAAGACACGGACGCUUCUAGUUCCUAAAAAUGUGAUUAACCUCCAGUUUAUUGAACGAUGACCUAUUCUCCUGAGCUGGUCAGUUACAUGAGUGAACGUGAGUUUCCCCCUUACCCCCACCCCAAUCCCCCGGGCAAUCAGGAAAGCUGGUGGGCAGCGUUAUCACAGCAACUGUGGGCCCACUGCACGCAGUGGUUCAUGUCAGACUGGGCCAUCAACCUUUGACACUGCAAAGAGCAAAGGCCUGCUUACCUGCUGCCCAGUUCGUGCAGGCCGACAUCUGUAGCAGCCCUAGUGGAAAAAGGAUGAGGACUAAUUGGCCACUGUGGAAGCAUUUUAACUGGCCAAGUUGUGACAACAUUGAAAUUGUGUUUUUUAAUAAACAAGAUCCCCAUUAUGUGUUAAGUUACACAGAGGCCUGGAGCAAAAAAAAAAAAAAAGCUA